AAAGGGCGUGCACGCAGUUGCCCACACCAUAGAUGGUAUGCGUGUACUACCCGACAACAUGGCACGUAAGCGACAUCAUAAUACGCCGUCGUUGCUCACCACUCUUCUCUGCAUGUUUUUCCACGUCACUCUCGUCUCUUCCGACGCCAUAGCCCUCCUCAAUUUCAAGGCAUCCCUCCGAAACGACACCGCACUCGCCAGCUGGCGGAAAGGCCCCACCCCGCCAUGCAAAGCCAACAAAGCCAACUGGGUCGGCAUCCAUUGCUGGCAAGGAAAAGUUCGGGGCUUAAAGCUUGAAAACAUGGGAUUACACGGCGCCGUUGACGUCGACUCGCUUCUCUCACUCUCAAGUCUCCGAUCCAUAAGCGUUAUGAACAACAAGCUUAGCGGUCCCUUGCCGGAGGUAAGGAAACUCGGAGCAUUGAAGUCGGUGUAUUUAUCAAACAACAAUUUUUCUGGACUGGUCGAGAGUGAUUCUUUUAUGGGGAUGACGUGGUUGAAGAAGCUGCAUUUGGCGAAUAAUCACUUGACGGGGAAUAUUCCUUCAUCGUUAACAUCAUUGCCCAAGCUUUUGGAGUUGAGGCUUGAGGGUAACCAAUUUGUAGGCAGAAUUCCGGAUUUUCAACAGAAAUCUUUCCGAUCUUUUAACGUCUCCAACAACUACUUGAGUGGUUCAAUUCCUCCAAACCUUAGUAGGAUAAAUGCGAGCUCCUUCUACGGAAACGAUGAACUAUGUGGAUACCCUUUGGGACAAUGCAAGCAAACCUCAGUUCUGAGUGUGGUUGUGGUUGUGAUAGUUUUGGGGCUGGCAAUAGUCUCCAUUGGUGCAGUGUUCUUCAUCCUCAACCACCGGAACCAACCACCUUCAUCAUCAGUUGAGUCUCCACUACCAAUAUCAAACCUCCAAAAGAGAGCUGGAAUUAAGGAAUCGGAUAAUCAAUCCAGGCAAGGCUCCCCGGACCACCCUGGAGGUGGCAAGGCAGAGACGCCGAAGCUCUCCUUUGUCAGGGGUGAUAGGGAGAGGUUUGAUAUGCAGGACUUGCUUAAAUCCUCAGCCGAGAUAUUGGGAAGUGGAUGCUUUGAGUCUUCUUAUAAGGCCUGUUUGCCAAGUGGACAAGUGAUGGUUGUGAAGAGGUUCAAGCAAAUGAACAAUGUGGGAAAAGAGGAGUUUCAAGAUUAUAUGAAAAGGCUAGGGAAGUUGAGGCACCCUAAUCUGCUUCCUCUGGUGGCAUACUAUUAUAGGAAGGAAGAGAAACUCUUGGUAUCAGACUAUGUUCAUAAGGGCAGCUUGGCUGUUCAUCUUCAUGGACAUCAAGGUCUAGGCCUGCCAAGUCUUGAUUGGGCAACCCGGUUAAAGAUUGUAAAAGGCAUAGCCAAGGGCCUGAAGCAUAUCUACAAUGAGCUGCCUUCCCUAAUCGCCCCCCACGGCCACCUCAAAUCCUCCAAUGUCCUGCUUGACGAAUCCUUAAAACCCCUUCUGACUGACUAUAGUCUAAUCCCUGUGAUGAACCAAGAGCAUGCUCAUGAACUCAUGGUGGCUUACAAGUCUCCGGAAUACACGCAACACGGUCGAAUCACGAAGAAGACCGACGUGUGGAGCCUCGGGAUACUUAUACUAGAGAUUUUGACAGGGAAGUUCCCAGCAAGCAUCCUGCAACAAGGGAGGGGAAAUAUUGAGGAGGAAUCUCCAUUUAGUUGGGUUACAAUGGUUGUUCCUGAAGGGUGGACAGAUAUUGAUGAGGUUUUUGACAAGGAGAUGGCUGCAGGAAGCAAGAGCAGUGAGGGGGAGAUGAGAAAGCUUUUGAGGAUUGGAUUAGCUUGCUGUGAAGGGGAUGUGGAGAAGAGGUGGGACUUUAAGGAGGCUUUUGAGAGGAUUGAAGAGUUGAGAGAGAAUGAUGGUGAUGAUGAUUUCUACACUUCAUACGCUAGUGAGGCAGACAUUGAUUCUUCAAGAAGAAUCUCAGCUGACUUCAAUUUGUCCACCACUGGUUCAGUGCAAAUUUUUUAAUCUCUUAUGAUUGAUUCUUGAUUCCUUACAAAUUAGAUGGUUAUAGGGAGGGGGGUUUGAAGUAGAAAGAGAAGGAGUUGGCUUUUGUUUUCCUCAUCACUAGCAUUGUUGUAGCUAGCACAUGAUAUCGUAAUCCCUAUGAGAGGGGGACGUCCUGCACUUCAAUGCAUGAAAUAACUAGAGAAAUGAUAUACACAACCACUUUUUUGUUUUUUUGUUUAACCAUAUUUUUAUUCUAUUGUGUUGAUAUUGUAGG